AUGUCCCUGAUGCUGCGCCUUUUGAUGCGCCCCACUACGCUGGUCGCCACCUACUUCAGCCUGGAAGAGUGGUUCAAGGAUGCCGGCGCCACCACGACGCUCUUUGAGGUGGCACACGGCAUGUCCCCUUGGAGUUUGACCAAGAAUGAUGCGCUGUACAACAAAACCUUAAACGACGGGUGUGCGGCGGACAGCAAUUUGGCCAUGGAUACGCUCUUGAAAGACCCGGAGGUGCAGUAUGUUCUGCAUUGUUGGGAUGACGACAGCAGCGUCAAGAUACUCCGACAGUGUAAGAGAGCAAUCCCUACAAGAGACGCCGGAGGAAAAGUGGUAAUCAUGAAUAUGGUGGUCGGGUAUGGUUCACCAGAUAUGUUUGUCAAAGAGACAUGCGGAUGA